GAGUGCACGGACGAUCAGGGCCGCUCUCCGCCCAGACUGCCUGCUGCUUCCGGGGGGUGUCGUGGCCAAACCCUCCCCGGCAGGAGUGGUGGUGAAGGGGAACGGCGUCCGAUUUUGGGCCGCCCCCUCCCCCCAUGAGCAAUGGACCAAGAUGAUCCUGGAGAGGCAAUGGCAGAACUACAGGGGCGCCACCUUGGGGGAUUGGGUAUCUUACAAGUGGCAGCUGGCACUGGCUUAUUUGCCUAUACCUUCUGGGCAGGGUUCCUUAUGCCUGGUUUCCGAAAAGUGCCCCUGAAGCUUCAGGUGCCCUAUGUCCCAGCAAGUAGGCAGCAGGUUGAGAAUGUGCUCAGUCUUCUCCGGGGCCGCUCUGGCAAGAUGGUGGACUUGGGUUCUGGUGAUGGCAGGAUUGUUUUGGCAGCAUACAGACAAGGAUUCUUUCCUGUUGUGGGUUAUGAACUGAACCCCUGGCUUUUGUGGCUUUCCCGGUUUCAUGCAUGGCGCGCUGGUUGUGCUCGAAAGGUUUCCUACCAGAAGGAGGAUCUUUGGAAGGUGAACCUGGCUGACUGCAAAAACAUCACAGUCUUCCUGGCUCCCAGUGUGCUCCAACUCCUGGAAACCAAACUACUAGCUGAAUUGCCCAAUGAGGCCCGAGUGAUAUCUGGUCGAUUCCCUCUUCCCAGUUGGGAGCCAACAGCCACCAUUGGUGAGGGCCUGGACAAGGUUUGGGCUUAUGAUAUUGGAUAUGUCCGGCAAAACAUGGAUAUAAGGGAAUUUCCCUCCCUACAGGGAACACCUGUCUAGGUUUUGGGGAGGUACAGCCCCCUUCAGGAGAAGGGCACUCUCCCUUAUAUGUAAGGACACAUUAGCCAGCCCUUGUCCCCAUCAAGGAUUUCAUCUCCAUUAACCAGAGAACCAGGGUGUGCUCCAGGCUAGAGCUGAUCCUGGUCACUGUACUUGAGGCUCAAAUGAUUUUUAGGAGCCAACACUGAGAGAAAUUCAGGACCAUUUCCGAAGAUCUUCACUGGCAACUCUAGGUUGAGAACGGAAACCUGUUUCCUGUGGUUCACAUUUAAACACAAUAAAAGUUCUUUUCAUUUUGA